UCUGGAAACUCUCCAAAAAGACUCCCCAAAAAGUCUCCCGCAAAAAAGACUCCUGCGAAAAAAACUCCCGCAAAAAAAACUCCUGCUAAAAAAACUCCUGCGAAAAAGACUCCUGCCAGAAAAACUCCCGCCAGUAAAACUCCCAAUGCUGAUGGGGGCUUGGCAACUGGAGAGGAUGGAGCUGUAGAGGCUGCGCAGCAGGAGAAUGGGACGCCAAAGCCAAAGAGGAAGUAUGUAAGAAAGCAGCCUGCACAGGAAACACUGGUGGCAGAAGCACCAGCCGAGGAGGCUCAGGGAGAACAUGCAGUUCCACCUGAGGAGACGCUCGGACCGGGCGGCCGCCGCAGGAGAGGUGCAGCUACAGCAGCCUUGAAGUACCUCCAGAUUCUGGCAAAAGAGGUGUUUGGUAAUACGAAUGAUGAUUCCCAGCCUGGUGCCAAUAGCAAAGUCGACUCAGAGGGGAAAGGUCCCAGAGGAAGCAAAGCGCGUAAAGGAAAGAAAAGGAAACGGCGUGCUUCUAACAGCAGCGGUGAUGAUGAUGACGACUUUGUGCCUGGUGCUGAGGAAGACGAGGGUGAGGAGAUGGAAGAGGAGGAGGAAGAAGAAGAAGUAGAGGAGUCAGAUUUGGACUUAGACUUCGGGAACGCCAGAGGAAGUCCAGCAGUUUUUCACAUCAACAGGAACAAUCAGAUUUACUCCAAUGCCAAAACCAAGAACGGCCUCACCAUGAGAAUCAUGGCAAGUGUUUGGAGCAGCUUUGAGACGACCAAGAAAUUCCGUGAGGAGCACUUCAGCAGCUGGGUGUUCCCAGAGUGGGUCCCCUCCACCAGUAACUGGCACCUUGUAGCUCAGAGUGAUGUGGAGAAGUACCUGCCCCAGGAGCUUCGUUCAGCUGCUUUCAAAGUGUCCAGAGACGGCCUUGGUGAGGAGGAGACGUCUUUUCAAAGUCUCAACCGGUUUGAGGCAGUGCCUGCUCACACAGAACGCUGGGACAUGCUGCUGUAUGCGGGGGGGCCCGUCUGGGCCAUGGAGUGGUGCCCGACACCGGAUGGAGCUCCGGCCACACAGUACAUCGCGGUGGCCUGCCAUCGAGGCAUGGACGACCAGCACUACGUCAACAAGACGUACACGGGACCCGGACUCAUUCAGCUGUGGGACGUGGGCAAGAUGGAGUACAACAGCAGCCCGGACUCUCAGCCGGCCCUGGCUUACGGCUUAGCUCAGGACAAAGGCUUCAUCUGGAAUCUGAAGUGGUGUCCUGCUGGAGGCUGGGAGCUCCCCAGCUGUGGCAGAAAGGCUCCCUUCCUGCCCAGACUGGGUCUUCUAGCUGCUGCCUCCUCGUCCGGCGUGGUCACCAUCUACAGCCUCCCCCACCCUGCCGCGCUGCAUUCCAACAAGAAGCUCCCUGACUCUGGAGAUGCAAACCAGCAGCUGCCGAUAUACCAGGCGGACGCCGUGUUAACGCUGAAACUCGGCUCCCUCAAAGCCCCUCGCCAGGAAAACAGUGGACAGGUCCUGUCCAUGGACUGGCUGCCUGAGAAACCACACAAUAUAAUAGCUAUUGGAUUCUACGACGGUGUCGUCGGCCUUUGGGAUCUGUCCACUAAGUCUACGUUGCUGCAGAUGCGAGAGUCGGACGGUUCGCUGACUCUGCUGCCCUUUCGAUGCUUACUUGCCCACGAUCACGCUGUCCGGGCGCUGGCCUUCUGUCCCGCCUCCAGGAACCUGUUGGUGACAGCAGGAGAAGAUCGCUACAUGAAGACGUGGGACCUGAAGAGGCUCGAUCACCCAGUCACUGUUCAGAAGCGCUAUCUGACCAAUGAGAUCCACUGGCCGUUGAAUGCGCCGGGCUACCUGGUAGCCCAGGAUGCCGCCUACGUAGCGAAGGGUUCCCACGGAGUCCACUUCUUUGACCAUUACAUGCAAAGUGUCUACGCAGUUCCUCGGACCGGCAGCCUGUGGUCCUUGUCUUACACUGAUUGGAUGAACAGCGUGGUGACAGCGGACAGUCUCGGCGAGUUGAUCUUCGCCAUUUUGCCUCCGAUAAGCCACAGCUCUCCGUACAUCAAACGCACGAUAGAGAGACGAUUUCCCAUAUACAUAACGUCUCUGGUGCCUCACGCUACAACUGAGGAAGAAACUCCGGAGAUGGGAGGAGCAGCGGAGGAGGAGGAGGGAGGAGGAGAGGUGGGAGAACAAGAUCCUGGAUCCGAAGCAGGGGAUGAGAACGUGGAUGAAAACGGAAGAGAAGGACGAAGAGGUCGAAACAACACAAGUCCCCCUCUGCGGUUCCAGACGUACAAAGAGGCUUCGAAGAAAUACUGCCUCCACCACUCAGACGGCAACAUGCUCAGCUUCGUAGGAAGCGAGAAGCAAGCGACCUGGAAACACAUGAAAGACACGGAACUGAAGACGGUGAUGAACAUGGACGAGAUGCAACUGGCCGCACUGCACAAGGUGCGUUUCAACCCAAACAUGAGCUGCCACAUCUGGGUGGCGUCGGGAGGCCAGACGGGGCUGGUCCGCCUGAACUGCCUCAGGAGCAUGAUCAGCCCCAAGAUCAAGAACAAGAUCAGGGGGAACCAGGCCCAGUUCAACGCACUGUACUCGCCAACAGACCAGACGGGGCCCGUCCAGGCCGAGGCUGAGCAGCUAUAGCAGGAGCUGAGCUGCGGGACCAGAAGGUGGAUCACACUGUUACACGGGUGUUUGGCUGCAAAAGAAACAAACCUGCAAAAAAAAAAAAACGAGUCAUUAGCACCAAUGUACAUUUACUGUUUAUCAUAUUUCAAAUGGCUUAAAAUGAUCGAACGCAGCAUUUUUAAAUUCAAGCAGAAGGAAUUAAAUGAUCAGCCAGUUGAAAGUCAAACUGUCAUGAAACUCUUCCCGUGGGAAUUCUGCCUGAAAGUGUUUGAGGUUCACGUGGAGGCGCAGGUAGGUUUAUCUUCCGCAGACCGAACCGAGCUUCACUCCGCACCAAACGUCUCACGGACAUAUUGUUUUAGUCCUUUUACACAUUGGGCAGUUAGAGCAGUUGGCAGUGCCUUGUUUAAAACACUCAUUUAUUAUUGAUCCCUAGUAGAUCAAGUUCGGUUUCUGUUCGCUCCAGUUUCUCUUAUUUGGCAGCGAGUCGACCGUUGGCAGCGGUGGAAUCAGAAUCCGGCUCAUUAUCAUCCACUCUCACCGUCGUAAAGUCAACCCUCAGGAAAAGUGGUGAGCACCUGCUGCCGUUUGCUCCAUGGAGAUAAAUUCAUCAAUGACAACACGUACGUUUAAAACGGUUUUGCUCGGAGGAUCAUAACGACUCAAAGGAUUCAUUUCAACCUCGUGUUUUUCUCCUAAACGUGUUGUUCUACUUUGUUCUUCCUCUACAUCUGUGGAAAAUAAGCCAGGUUGGAAGAAUCGGUUCCUCAACAACAACGACAGUCCACUUUAAUUCAAUCAAGCAAAUUGCACACGUUCACGGAUCAGUCCCCUAAACACGGCUGAUAUUUUCCUCUGAACAUCCAUUAAUGAAUUCCUGAGAAAUAAGUGGUGUCAGACAUCAGAAGACUUCCUACCUCUUAAUGUUAAAGAAAGUGAAAGAAUCCUUGGAUCUGCCCCCAAAUUUAACCUUUUCUUUCUUCGCCCGUUUCUCUUCCUUUCACCGAGUUUGAUGAAAAUCCGUUCUGUAGUUUUUUAUUUAUUUUUUUACAUAAUCAAACGUAUGAGUAAAUAACCUCGGAGGUGAAUCUCCCUCCGACCGGCAGUGGUUACAGGACGUCGGCCGUGACAUCACCGACGUGCGUGUUUACGUUACAUUAUUUUGACAAAGUGUUCGUUCAUAACCAGCGACACAUUCCGUUGUGUUCCACGUGAUCUUGAGUUUUCAGAUUUCUUGCCUUAUUAGAACGUCAGUGUCGUAUUGAACUUGGAUCAGAACCACUUGGGCUGGUUUUGUUUCCAGACUCUUCGCCUUAAGACUCUUUUGACAGCAAAAGAUAUUCACGAUAAACAUUCUGGUUCUGUUCUCCUGCCCCUCAGAACCCCCGAGUUUCAGAUCAUCAUCACCACCGGGGGAAAGUCCCGGGUCGUUAGGAUCAUUCACGCCGUUGUAUUUUUGUAAUUGAUUAUUUUUCUCAACAACUCAGGCUUUAGCUGAGUGGAAAUACUUGAAUAUUUUUUAUUGUGACUCCGCUGGAUGUAAUGUUGAGAAGUUUUAAGGUCUUUUUCCCCCCCACGAAUUUGUUUGUUUCUUUACCUGUUGAAUUUAUUCCUGUUGUUAUUCUGAUAUUUCAAACAUUUUAAUUCAGUUUGCAGCUCAGUGAAAUUAUUAUAAUUUAUUUUUCAGCAUCUACAAAAACAUUUAAAUAUGUAAAUAUUUACAGACGUGACAGGUUCAUUUAAGGGUAUUGGUCUAUUUUUUCUAAUAACUUACAACUUUAAUUGACAGUUUCUGAAUUAGUUUUAAUAAACACAAUGAUAAUGUUGUCAGCCAUGAUAAUAGUUACUGACAAUAUUAUUGCAACAUGUAAUUCAUAAAAGUAUCAGACUGUACAGGACCUGCUCUUAUUCAGUUUUUCUGUGUUAUGUUUUUUUAAUGAAAAUAUUUCAAUAAAUGAUUAAGAUUCUAA